UUGGGAACCAAUAAACAGAAUCCAAACGCAGGGGUCUUAUCAAAUCUACGGUUCUUGGAAAUUUGGAAACGGUUCUCGAUACCCAACCCUACCUGUUGUAUAAAUCCAGUUUGCUUAAUCAUUUCCCACAUUAAUGAUCUGGAAAGACUGACCUCUUUUAUUUGGGAAUUUCCAUCCUUCCCUGGAAAACACUGUCUUCAGCACUGUCAUGCUGCUGUUCUUGGAUCUGUCAUGUCCUAAACCAAUCUGACCUGCCUGUUGUCGACACGUGAUGACACACAAACAAACACAGUGAUCCUCAAACAGUCACGUUUCCACUGAAACCCGGCCAGUAUUGACUGACAUGUGCAGAGGGAUGGCGUUCCAGGUUAUCGGCAAGGCGAUUGACGACUACAACCUCUCUCCCCGGAAGCUGACAUGUAAACCGGUGACACACUCGGUCACACACACCACAAGCGGGCAGGAACGCUGGCAGCUCGCUCUGCGCUCGUCAUGAACGGGCCAGUUUUUGGCAGCUCACCCAGCAGCCUGUUACCUUGGACGGCUCAUGAACAGCGCUGAGAGACAGAGAUAGAUCCGUCUGCUUCAUGUGCUCCUGCUCUUUUUCUCAUUAAACUACCGUGAAGAGGGAGGAGAGGCUGCGGACCGGGACGUGAUGCGGGCUCGGUCAGACCGGCACAUUUCUCAGGUGAAACCAUGCAGCUGGGCGGUGCUCCCUAGCCUCCCCUGUCCCUCGCCUCCCACCUGACCACCUCUCCUCUUCGCCUCCUCUCUCCCUCCUUCCCUCUCCUCCUGUUCAUCAUGGAGACCACCAUGGCGACCACGCUGGAGACGCUGCUGGCCCAGCCCGACCAGGAGCUGAGCCCGGGGCAGCUGGAUGGCUGCGAGGAGGCCGCUGGCCGCUACAAGGUGGUUCCCUCUGUCGUCUGCUCCAUGUGCUGCCUCUUUGGCAUCAUUUACUGCUUCUUUGGCUAUCGCUGCUUCAAAGCGGUGAUGUUCCUGACCGGCCUGAUGUUUGGCUCCGUCGUCAUCUUCAUGCUCUGCUACAAGGAGCGCGUUCUGGACACCCAGCUGAGCGUGGAGGCCUCGGUGGGCAUCGGCCUUGGCAUCGGCACGCUCUGCGGCCUUGUCACCAUGCUGGUUCGCAGCGUGGGCCUCUUUAUGGUGGGCUUGCUGCUGGGCCUGCUGGUGGCUGUGGCCACCCUGGUGGGCAUGGCGGAGCUUUCCGACAGCCCACCGCGCUCUGUCUGGGUGCUUCUGGGCGUGCUGCUUGGCCUGGGCAUGCUAUUCGCUGUGCUUACCCUACAGUGGCAGCGCCUCUUUACCACGCUGUCCACGGCGAUGUUUGGGGCAGCGGUCAUCACUGUGGCGUUGGACUACUUUGUGGAGCUCUUCGCCCUCUUGCUGUACAUAUACGAGCGAAUAAAAGCAGCACCUGCCAAGCCUGUGUGCUGGCUGACAUGGGUGGUGCUCGGGGUGUGGCCUGCCCUCACCCUGCUGGGUGUCAUGGUCCAGUGGAAAGUGACCGCUGAGGGAUACUCCCAUACCAAGGUAAUAAUCAGUCGGCAACAGAGGAGGAUGCAGGUGAUGCGGAUUCGUCAGCGGGAUGACCGCUAUCGCAAGAAGAAGAAGAAGCAGCAGCAGCACGGCUCAACCUCCCACCAUCACCACCAGGCCAAGCAACUUCACCCUGAGCCCGCCUACCGUCGCAAACCCAACCCCAUCCGACGCUUCGACACAGACGUCCUCUCUCCGAGCUACAUUCAGAGUUUCCGAGAACGCCAGGUGCAGGCGCAGCCCUUCCCGAGCCGGCUGGUCGGCGGACCCCACGCUGUGGUGGAUGUGGGCUACGACUGCGGCUCAACGACGCCCCUCACCGCAGCUGCAGGACCUUCACUACGGGUCUGACUACUCCCCCACCUCCCGGAUGCUUGAACAAACCCCUUAACUAGGGAGAUACACGACACUACCAUCACUACCCCACAUGGGUGUAAUCCCGCCUGUGCUAGAACAAACCACCACUGGGUUUAAAUGCAAAGAUUCUGGGUAUAAACAAAGCCACACCCCUAAGAGGAUGAAAAUAUAUUUAGGGCUAGAUUUACCCAAAAUGCAAAAUAUGUUUAACCCUUUACUAAUUCAAAUUUGGUUCAUAAAUCUCAUGGCUGCCUGCUGGAGCCAUCGUUGUGGUGCAGAGGUUUGGUUGGUUGACCUCUUUUCACUGUCUUUUAGUAGAUUCAAAUGCACAAAUGCAUGCAAGCACUUAACACAAACACAGACCGCAGCUACAAUCUUAAGGGUCGAUGUGGAAACCCGAAGCAGCCUGCUCUACCCGGCCACACAGCCUGCGUGUCACCGUGUCACGUCAAACCAGAUCAGGGAUCACAGUUUCAGUGCUAACUCGGCUCAGGUUCAAACACAGGCAUUGUAUGAAAAAUCUAAAUACAACUUUGCCCUUGUUGAACGCGCUGUUUCUACCACUGUCGUUGUUUUUGAACUGAUGCUGCAGAAGCAACUAGUUCCUCAACCUGUAGGCGUCUUAAAAGUCCAAUGAAGAUCAUCUAUAAAGGGAAGUGAGGGCCCUUAAAUGCAAACCAGGAUCUUUAAAUUUGCUUUCUGUGCCAUCUGGACAACAAAUAUCGUCCUUGAAAUGUCGUGUUUUAAAGGGAGAAAUCCUUCGUCACCCUUGGUGCUGGACAAUACACUUCUACAAGCGUCAAACUGCUCAACGAUGACUGGGGAAUCUGUUUUUAACAGGUGCCUUGCCCCUCCGUGGACUGUACCAUUCAGCAACAGGAGGGGGGUUACUGGCAGAUCUCCCGUCGAUGGCUUGUUUUUGCGUUAAAUGUGGUCACAAGAGGAUUUUUUUAAUGGGUAGCUAUGGAGCUACAAUAAGCAGGGUAAAAAAAUAUUGGCGUGGGGCUGGCCUGCUGUCUUCACAGAUGCCUGGAUACAUGAGGAGGAUUUGCUGACAGCAAGAAAGCCAUAUUUACACUGGCACCUCACAUGAGAUUUCACACAGUACAAAUGGAAAAAGAUGUUGAGGAUUUUCAAGAGGAAACCCCAAUUACUGAUUAUUUCACAACUUGAAUUUCAUCCCUGCGGUGCAAACUCUUUGCCUUCCAAGAGAUUAUUUACGCUGCUGAGCAGAGUAGUAAUACUUUUAUUUCAUGAGCGUAGCUGAAAGAUAUGUUUCAGUUGUUUCUUCAUCCGCCAUUGUUUCAAACUAAUUUAAUCCUAGUUGUUCAAAAAAGUCUGAAAUUUAAAUUUAAAUUACAUUUGCUAAGAAAUCAGUGUAUAUAGCAUAUCCAUAUUGUUUUGACUUGUGCACUUCGGUGGUCAAAAUUGUAAUUUCUGGAGUGACAGUGCCCCCUACAGUACCGUUCAUUAGGGUCAUUCAUUCUUGGUAUUGACUGACAAUGCGGGUACUUUGAUUGGUUCGAUUUCUGUGACAACAAGGACAAAACUUAGUUUGUUACUUCAAUUCCAACUACCACACAGGCCCAUGUUGUUAGCCGUUGCUUUGUCCCAUCUGUGAUUUGAGCUCUCCCUACGUUACUCCAUGUCCAAAUCACAGGGUAAUUCAGGGUUUGUAUUGCUAAGGUCACAGGAUUAACUGUUGCUGUGAGCUUUUACAGUCAGUCUGCUCAUUCGUCAUCUCCACAACAUGAAAUGCUAGCUGGACCCUCCUCUUUUGCAUGAUGUGGGACAAAUGCAACACACAAGUGAGCAAGCCAGGCUAAACUGUAAUGCUGUCUUUCACCUACAGAGGCGAAUUCAAACUCAUUGGCACAAUGGGUCCCAAAUGCUGAUUUGUGUUAAACGUGUGUCUCAGACUUAACGUAUUAGGGUAAUAUAUUUUUUAAUUCACAAUCAAAGAUUCAUUCAAAUUUCAAAAAGCUCCUGUUUUUCCCACCUGUUCUCAUCUCAGGGCGUCAAAUACAGACGCUUUCAGAAUAAGUACCCUUCAGCCUUUUGUGUUAAAGGCGUUAACAGCCCCCCAAAGUGAAUUAUGCUAACCAUCACAGGGGUUUGUGCCUAAACCUAAGUUUGUGACUAGCGUUCGUACUGCUCAGUGUGCUAGCAGGUAGGGUUAGCCUCCUUUGUGUUGCUUCAACCAAGCAAACUGCAGCAUUUCAUAUCCAAUAACUCCGUCUGGAGGCGUCGGUAAUGACACACUGGGAUGAGAAUUUGUUGUUUCUUUUCUAAAUUCAGAUGAGGUCGGGAUGUGUUUCACUCUUUCAUCUUUCUGUCUUUGUGAGAAACUUUCGAGCUUUAGCUCCAUUUGCUCUGGCAGAACAACGUUAUUUUUUCUCACCUGAGGCUCACCAGGCUGAGUUUAUUUCAACAGAAACGGUGGUGCCUUGAACACCCUGUUGUGUACCCAAGUGCACUGCACUUUAAUGCCUUUUUAAUAUGGCUGUGUUUACAUACUUGUCGCAGCUGAUUGGGCAACAACUCUGACACGCCCACCGAAUGGGAGAAAACAUACCUUGAAAACUUUGCACACCGAAAACAUGUUGUUCAGUCCGAGAAACAUUGCAUCCUGCCUCCUUCGCUGCCUCUCUGAUUGGCUCACCCUAACUCCACCCUAACCCUAACAAACGGAGGCAACGAGUACUAGCCAAUCAGAGGCAGAGUUGAUGAAAAUCUGGUGGAAGACAAAAAAAAAGCGUGGCAGAACAGCAGCCUCUUCCUGAUUAGUGCUGCAAAGCAAUCAAGCUGGUGAAAGCUAAAGAUCUUCUCUGGGAUGGUCCGAUUUGUGUCAACAUAAAUCUACUGGAAAAUGAUUUAUUGGUAUUCAAAAUGCGACUCUUCCAAAGCACCUUUUACAAACGAGACCAGGCUGAGAUGCCAGUGUAAAUAAGGCUCGGAGGGUGUGAAUGAAGUGGACUAGAGGCCAUACCUAUUUGUACUUAGACCAACAACUCCUUCCGUCAUGUGCAUUGAUUUUCUUUAUUUGGGACAACAUAACCUUUUUGUGUCCAGUGAAAAUGUGAAUACUUUUAAUGUCUUUACCUUUUAAAGGAAAAGCAAGAGUGUGGGGAGGGGGGAGGGGGGUGUAUGGUGCGGUGUGGUUCAUCAGCAGGGAACCGAAAUGCAUGAUCCCCACCAAAUAACCUCCACCCCUUCAUGUGAAUCAAUGUGAAAUUUGUACAUAAAACACAGCACUUACUAACCUUUUUUUUUUUUUUUUUUAUCAUUUCAUUCAAACAGUUUAUUUCUUAGGGAUCUAAUUUAAAGGAGACAUGUUCUUUUCCAGUGGGGUGUAUUUAUUUGCUGAUUUAUUUAUUUCUUGAGCUGUUCUAUAAAGGAUAGUGCAAUGUCAUCACUGUAGGCCAGUAACUCCAUGCUUCUUUUUUUUUUUAAAUUUGAAUUUUGACUAUGAUUAUUAAAGCAUGUGUUCCUAUGGGCCUGUGU